AUGACUUUGGGUCUUCCAGUUGGUGCCGUAAUGAAUUGUGCCGAUAAUUCUGGUGCCAAAAAUCUAUAUAUCAUUUCGGUCAAAGGUAUACAUGGUCGUUUGAACAGAUUACCCGCGGCCGGUGUUGGUGACAUGGUAAUGGCCACCGUCAAAAAAGGCAAACCUGAACUAAGAAAAAAGGUCAUGCCAGCAGUUGUAAUUCGUCAAAGAAAACCUUGGCGUAGGAGAGAUGGCGUUUUCCUUUACUUCGAAGAUAAUGCCGGUGUUAUUGUCAACCCUAAAGGAGAAAUGAAAGGUUCUGCCAUUACAGGGCCUGUUGGUAAAGAAUGUGCGGAUCUUUGGCCUCGUAUCGCAUCAUCUUCAGGUACAGUUGAACGCGAAGACCAGGUUUAUAUGGCUAAGCUCGCUGAGCAAGCUGAACGUUAUGAUGAAAUGGUUUCCUAUAUGAAAGAUGUUGCUAAGCUCGGAGUUGAGCUUACCGUAGAAGAACGUAAUCUGCUUUCCGUCGCUUACAAAAAUGUAAUCGGUGCCCGUCGUGCUUCUUGGAGGAUUAUUUCAUCGAUUGAACAAAAAGAAGAAAAUAAAGGGAAUGAAACUCAAGUCACGAAGAUUAAGGCUUAUCGUCAAAAGGUUGAGGCUGAAUUAUCUGAAGUCUGCUCUGAUAUCCUUGCUGUCUUGGAUGAACAUCUGAUCCCUUCUGCCGAAGCAGGCGAAUCCAAAGUGUUUUAUUAUAAGAUGAAGGGAGAUUACCACCGAUAUCUUGCUGAAUUUGCAUCUGGGGAGAGACGAAAAGAAGCCGCCACUCAAGCCCAUGAAGCUUAUAAGCAUGCCACCGAUAUUGCUCAAACAGAUCUUGCCCCAACCCAUCCAAUUCGACUUGGUCUUGCAUUGAACUUCUCUGUCUUCUAUUAUGAAAUCCUCAACUCCCCCGAUCGUGCAUGUCAUCUUGCCAAACAAGCAUUUGAUGAUGCUAUUGCUGAACUUGAUACUCUAAGUGAAGAAUCGUACAAAGACAGCACUUUGAUUAUGCAAUUGCUGAGAGAUAAUUUGACCCUCUGGACUUCUGAUUUGCAAGAUGAAGGCGAAAAGACCGAAGAACCUAAAGUAGAAGCUGAAACCGAAGAACCUAAGUAA